UAGAAGGAACAUGGCUGAACAAAAUAAUGAUAAUCCAGUGAAAAUGGUAAAGACUGCUGCUGCAAAAGUACUUAAAGAUAUUUAUGAUGACUUGAUUGAAGAAGACAUUUUCAAGCCAAACCAGAUAAAGGAUGUGAAAAAACAAUUUUCAUCAGUCAAGGACAGGAGUGAAGACUUGGUUAAGAUCGUUACUCAUAAAAGUAGCCAAAUUGGCCAAAUUGUUAUAAAAAGAUUAUUGACAGCCACAAGACAACUUCAUUCAGGAACCCAAGCAGAAGAUGAAAACUUGGAACCAACAGAAAAUGCAGGGAUGUCACAGACAGUGUCUUCCCUUUUAUUAGCACCUUGGGCUAUGCAGGAGACUGAACCCCUAAACAAGGUCAAGCUCAGCCCUAAAGAUUUCUACCAUGAAUUGAAGGAAGCAAAGGAUGAAGAGAUAUAUGCAGUCAUGGAAGAGGGAAAACGCACACGUCUGGCCCUCAUCAUCUCUAAUACAAAAUUUGACCACCUAAAUGAGAGAAAUAAAGCUCAAGUUGAUAUUCAGAGAAUGAUGGAGCUACUCCAGGACCUGGGAUAUAGUGUCGAUAUCAAAGAAAACCUUACAUCAUUGGAAAUGACGUCAGUGUUGGAGAAAUUUGCUGACCGCCCAGAACACAAGUCCUCGGACAGCACCUUUCUUGUGUUCAUGUCUCACGGCACCAAUGAUGGCAUCUUUGGGAUAAAGCAUAAACAGGAAGACCCAGAUAUCCUACUCAAUGAUACCAUCUUUGAAAUUUUCAACAAUAGUAACUGUUACAGACUGAGACAUAAACCAAAGGUUAUCAUCAUCCAUGGAUGCCAAGUAGGAAUGGUUUCAGACCAUGGUGCAAUGGCAGCUUCUGCAGACAGCUGUGUCCAGUCCUUCAAAGAUGACAAAAAUACCUUUUGGAAGGAUGUAGCUGAGAAAGAACAUGUAGAGAAGGACUUCAUUUGUUUUCACUCUACAACUCCAUAUGACAUUUCUUUGGAAGAUGAUCAAGAGGGUUCCCUUUUCAUCAGCCUACUCAUUAAUUGCUUCCAACAAUAUUCCUGGUGCUGUCAUGUGGAAGAAGUUUUCCGGAAGGUCCAGAAAUCAUUUGAAUCUUCACAGGAUGCAAUCCAAAUGCCCAUCAUUGAAAGGCAAUCCAUGACAAGAUACUUCUAUCUCUUCCCAGGAAUUUAAAGCUAUCCAAUGGCACAGUCAUUUUUAAACUAAGUGUCUGCAGCACAAUCUGUGUCUCAGAAAGUGUCAAGGUCUGUGUCUGUGAAGAAUUUAUAAGACAAAGAGAAUUGAGGGUAGAAGAGGUGCUACAUUCUUUGUACUGGGUUUGGGAAGCACAUUGUGAUCUUCUUAUGUGGGACUCAGAAGAAGAUAACAAAGUCAAAGCUCCUACAUCCAAAGCAACCAAAAAUAUGAAUUAAUCUCAGGUCAUAGAAGAUCUCAAAAAGGAUUUUGAAAAUAAAGAGAGGUAGAGAAAAAUUUGAGAAGAGAAAUAAGAAUGAUGGAAGGAAAUUAUGGGACAAGAGUCAACAGCUUAAUAAAGGAGGUGCGCACACAGAUACAUACCCACAAAUACUUAAGAAAAUUGCACCUUAAAAACUAGACUAGGUGAAGUGGUAAAAGGCACAAAAAUUCAAUGAACACAAAAAAGAAAAUACAAACAAACAUAAAAACAAAACAAAAUUAAACAAAAACGUAAAAAGUAG